CCGGACAACGCCGCCUUGUCCACAUUUCAGUUGCCGCGCCGCCAUGCAAGCUCCAACUUGAUCUCGAACCUGCAGCAAAGCAGGCAUGCGUUCCGCAAGUAUAUCUAUCGCAGGGGCUUCCCACACCAAUUUGGCACAGAAUCCUUUAUAUAUCAAUGUCUUCUCGGAUGCAAAGCACGUCUACACUGCUGGAGACAUCGUACAUGGCGUGGUACGCGUCGAUCCUACGGCAAGACCUCAGAAUGUGAGCAUUAUAUUCAAGGGGAUCUCGAUUCUUUACGACAAAGACCUCGAAGGGUGCAAGACUGAGUUCUUUCGUCUUGAGCAAGAGCUAUUCACCUCCUCCGGUACCGGCGAGAACUACGAUAUCCUACGCCAAGGUACGGCUGAUGAUGGCAAAGUCGAGCUCCCCUUUCAGUUCACAUUCCCGCAUGUGGCAGUCCAGACACCACCCGCGUCGCGGCGAUGGCAUUACUCGAAAGACUCUUUUGGCCAUCCUCGGUUCCAGCACUCCCCAGGUUUCCCUCUGCCUCCGAGUUGCACCACGUUGAUGAAUGCCGAGAUCGCAGUCGCGCCGGGCAUCUCGUAUUAUCUGGAGGCAAGGGCAGACUCAUCCUUAAGAAUUCGACAAGAAGUAAAGUUCAUGCCACCAGCGCCAGAGUACGACUUGUCCCUAUUGCAACCAAACUUGGAUUUUGGCACCAGUCUCCCGAAACAACAAUGCCGUUAUAAGUUCAUCCGAACGCGAAAACUAUUACCAACCAAUAAGGAGAAAGGCAACAAACUCAGCAAAGUGAAAGACUUCCUAGUAGAGAAGGAGCUCUUCUUUGGCAUCGAGACUUUCAGCGAGAUCCCCUUCUACCGAUUCAACGUCCUCGCUACACCUCCACGAGUGAUAGUCAUUGGUUCAAACUUCCCGAUACAUGUUAUAUUGCAACACCUAGAUCGGUCAGCAUCCAUCCCCGAACCUCCGCCACUAUUCCUGCGCCGCGUACGCGUACAAGUGAUCUCCACUUACGAGACGUUUGUUCCGCAGCCAAAGAAUUCAGUCAACCGUGCAGUCGAGCACAUCGACCGCGCUCAACGCACGACCACUUUAUUUGACAAGAAGUUCAGUUCUGGAGAGGGCGAGCCACUACAAGAUGGCAUCAAUCUGGCCAAUUUUGGAGAAUUGCGGAUAUCGAAGGCUGACGAGGCGAUCAUACCGAGUUUCUCUAGCUACGGCAUGACUUUGGAACACGAAUUGCAGGUUGAGAUAUGGGGCGAGUGCGUCAAAAAUGAAUGGUCCGGAAUAGUCUGCAAGGACAAAGUUCAAUUUGUCUCAGGCUGGACUUUUAGUCACGUGCCAGAGGAGGAUGGCGUGGCUGGAGCCGGACGGUCGCUUGCAAGGCCACCUCCCCAGGCAUUUCCACCGCCAGAGUACGACACAGUGUGAGGCAAGCGGGGUUGCCUUGAGCUCCGCUUCAGUCAGACUUCGAUGUCUUCUUUUCCAAUUGAC